GCAGGCGUGCUAACAGCAAAACAUCAUUCCCUGUCUGGACAUCCUAGAGGAGAUAGAUCAGCAUGUUCGCCCUUGCUAUCCUUGCCUCCCUUGCCGCAGUCUCUUUUGCCCAACAUUAUGGUGGUUAUCCAAUGGGUGGCUACAUCGGACACAGAGUCCAUCAUGGAUACCCAAAAGGCGGAUUUAUAAUUGGUGGCGGAUAUAUGGGACACCCAAGAGGUGGAUAUCACAAGGUGAUGCGCCGUCCCAUCAUCGGUGGUUACCCUAAGGGAGGUCCCAAGAUAGCUGUACCAAUGUUUAAGGGAGGAUACGUCGGUGGAUACCCCAAAGGUGGACUCAUCGGAGGAAAGGGUGGUAUUCUUGGAGGAUAUUCAAAGGGCGGUUUCAUUGGAGGAUUUAAUGGCAUGCACAGUGGACUUUCCAGCGGAGGAUUGAUCGGAGGACACAGUGGAAUGAGCAACGGAUUUGUCCAACAACAAAGCAUCGGAGUCGGACAGAUCGGGGGUCAAUCAUUUGGCAGAUCCAUUAGUAAUGGUUUCGAUUCACCAUUUGAAGAUGAUUUUGGCAUUAUUUCAUCUAAUACAGGUGGAGUUUUCGGUGGUGACGAUGUUGUUGGAUUUUCAGGAGGUCCCUUCCAAGCUAUUACUGGUGAUGAUUUCUCAGCCAUCAGAGGAAGCGCAGGAGGAGCUCUUAUUGGUGAGGAUAAUGGAAUCUCCUUUGGAGGUAAUGGAGGCGCUAUCAUUGGUGAUGAAACCGCAAUUGCCUUCGGAAAUAACGGUGGUUCUGCUAUCAGUGAAGACGGAGGAACCUCUUUUUCUGGAAAUGGAGUUGCCUUUGCCAAUGAUGACUUCGCAACCAGUUUCGGAAACGGCAAUGGAAUAGGACUUGGACAUGGUAUUGGACAUGGACAUGGGUUGGGAUUCGACAACGGAUUAGGAGGUUUUGUCGGAGGCCAUGGUAACGGAUUUGUCCAGCCAAUGGGAAUAUCAAGUGGUUUUGUGGGAGGACAUGGGGGCAUCAUGCAUAAAGGAUUCGGAGGUAUGAAGAAGGGAGGCUUUAUGGGAAUGCAUAAAGGAUUUGGAGGUUUGAAGAAGGGCGGCCUUAUCGGAGGUGGAUAUUAAUUCCGGACAAUCCAAUUACAGUAGUCCCACGCAGAGACAAUUUGAGAGGGGACAGUCCAGACAUGUUUGAUCACGUGAUCAAAAUGGAUCUUGUCACAAGUAACUGGCGCUGGUGCCACUACAGAUAAGCAUCCGUUUAUUUGUUCAAGUCCAGCUUUGUGAACGCUCUUUUACUUGAGGAAAUUAUUGAGUUUUCCAACAGUUAAAAUGACAGAAAAACCAGAUAUAAUUUCCUGAAAUAAAGGCACGUUGAUGAAACUUGGAAUAGCUAACUUAUUUGAAAUAAAUUGUUGUUGGUAAUUAAA